AUGACGACGGCGUACGAGGACGCGAUCGCGCACCUUGGUGCGCCCGGCUCGUUCGUCGCAAUCGGCACGAUCCGGAAGCGCGUCUCAUGUGUGAUCCGGAUCCGAGGCAUCAACGAGCCGCUGACGUGGCCGCUCGAGAGCGCUCAGGCCAAGCAGAUUCGCGACGUCUAUCCCAACAAGAUCAUUCCGGCGGCCGCCAUGAACAUCGUAUUCUUCGGCAUGGGCAGCAUGCUCACGGAAGCUUAUAACGACACCGAGACUGAGCUCGGUCUCUCCGGCUACGCAUUGCAUCGUCUCUCGCACAUGGUGCUCGACGACGUCGGCGACAGCGACGGCCUCCGCUGGAUCCCGACAACGGACUUUGACGAUGAUCCAGAAAACGAUCGCAUUGCGGAACGAACGAUUGGAACGCUCGUCUUCGUGCUGCCGUCGGCGUACACGGGUGGCGUCCUCACCUACUCGCACGGCGAGAGCACGGGCCGGACGCUGGACGCAAGCCAAGCCGUCCGCAAGACGCCGUAUGCGGCUGCGUUUACAUCGACCACCAUCGUCUCCGCGCCCAUCACGUCUGGUUGCCGCGUCGCGCUCGUCUAUCAUAUGUACUACAAGGAUGUGCACCCGCGCAUGCGCGUGGCGCCAGUCGACCCGGACGCCGGCAUCGCGGCGCAGACGGCGCUUCGGGCACUCGCACAAGCAGCGACGCGGCCCUACCAGCUGCUGGCCAUGCCUCUACUGCCUCUCAAUGGCGAGGUCUGUUUUGGGAACCUCACCGCCCACGACUACGCGGUUGUGGAUGCGCUCGUCGCCACCGACUGCUUUGACGUGGCGCUCGCCACCCUCGACGACCGGCUGGUGACCGAAGAAGAUGUAUCCGAGUACGGGACAGAGUAUGCCGUCCGCACGACGCUCUAUCUGCACCGCGCGUGCAGGUCCAAGUUGGGCAAUCUGUCCUCCGAUGCGAAGGAGGCGUAUAAACCACAUGCGUACUUGUACCACCGGCCCGAAUGGCAACCGCCGGUCACCGUCCUCGCGUUUUGGCCCAAGCGCCAUCGUGCGUGGCUUGUGCACGGCGACAACCUCGUCGACAUGGUUGUCUCCAAACUGACGGCGCCACGCAGCGGCAACGUCCCUGACGACCUCCGCGAGCUCGGGCUUGCGGCCAUCUUUGCCUACCACAAAAAGGAAAGCGAUUUUGGGUCGUUGUGGGGCUGGAGUGACAAGGGACCUCUCUCGCCACUCGAGAAGAUUCAGCUCAUUCUAUACGCGCUCGACGACGACCUUGAUCUCACCGCCUCCUUCGUUCGCGACGUGCUUGCUCUCGGGUAUAGCAUUUCUGUUGCCAACGUCGCCAUCUGGCUCCACGAUCUCUUGACGACGUUUGGCUGGGAACCAUUCUUGCCGGCGAUGCUCGGACUCGUCCACCGCUGGAUGAAAUACAAUUCGACCGCAGCUCUUGAGCUGCUCACGAGCUUGGCUGGCCUCGUCAACGACGACAAGGCGGUCUGUCCACCACUGCGACAGCCGCUCCAAGCCGAGCUCUUCAAGCGGUGUUAUGACGUCGUGCUGGCGACGCCUGGCCUCGUCCCGAAAUUGUUCCGCUCCGAGGAAGGCUGGUACGGCCACGGCCCGGACUUUCUCAAGAACGUCCUCUUGCUCGAGCAUUAUGUGACAACGACGGCACCGCAGCUCGGUGAAGCCAACUACGUCGGUCAUCGCCUGCCGCCGGUGCUGGUCGCUGCUGUCGAUAGCUACGUAUUUGCACCUCGCCCGUCGAUCAUGGACAUGCUACCAGACUCUGCCGCCAACAUCAUCAGCGACAUUGCUGUCGGUCUUGCCUCUGCGGCAGUGUGCCAGCCAUCGCUGCCACUGCCAUCAAAGGCCAUUGAUCGUAUUCUACGCGCAGUGACCGAUCCAGACCUUGACUGGUACUCGAUGCGACGCAUCCGUGUGGAUGGCAUCCAGAGCGUCCUCUACUUGGCGCUCGCGACCAACCGAGUCGACGCGGCGCUGUUUGAGCAAUGUGUUAUCCUCUGGGACCCCAAGUUGCUGCCAGCGCUGCGGACUCUCUGCGCCACGCAGUGUCCCAACUUCAGCACAAUAUCGCCUCUCGUGAUUGCGUACAUCCGCCGCUUGCCAAAGUCGCUCGUUACACCCGACUGUUGGCGCUCCAGCUGGUAUACAGACGACGAGAAGAUCUACAAAGAUGCGUCCGUCGCGAUUGGUGUCCUGCUCUUGCUCGAUGCGAUCGACCUCCUCCAGUGGCUCUCGCCCACGACUGUUGUCCCCUUCCUUCGGGCGUGGCUUGCGGCGCUGCCAAGGACGCUCGAGGCGACGCACUCGCUCCUGGCGCCGGUAGUGAUGCAUGGCCCGACAGUCAAAGUGCUGUGGCGCUUGGCAAGCCAGCUCAUUGCGCGCUUUGAGGCGCUUCCGAGUCUCCCGACGUACGUCAGCUUUGCGAUGUGCGACAUCAAGCUCGAGCCGGCGCAUUGUACGCAAUGCCGUGAAGUGCACAAGUUUCUGCAAAGCCCUGAUGAUGCCGAGCUCAUUCUAUACCACUGUGGUCUGUGCAAUGCGAUCGUCCGCGUCAUCAACGCCCACUCGACCCGUCUCGCCUCGCCUCCACACAGCUACGAUGGAUAUUCCCGUACCAUUUUGAAGCGGCCCCAGCCUGGCCAAGUGACGGAGACCGAGUGGAAGGCACACGUGGUCGCCAUCCAGAGAAUGGCCAGCACAGCCACCGUUGUCGCCACUGUCAAGGAACGACUGCGGUUGGCCAACGACGAGAGAAAGACGACCAAGCACCCGUGUCAAAGCGACCCCGGCAGCAUCACGAGUAGUUCAAACCCACGAAGCACAUCAUCAUUGCAUAUUAUAAAGACAGGCCGUGCCUUCGUGUCCUUUGCUGUUUUGGCGACCACCAUUCGAUUUUUUUAG